AUGUCGAACUUGGAGAGCAAACUCAAUCUCUCCCUAAACGAGGUUCUCAGGUCGUCUGGGUAUAUAUUUGAAUUCAUCAACAACAAUAAAAAACAGAGUAAUCUUAUUACAGGUACUAAUAAUCAAUUAAUUACAACAAGCAUAGCAGCACAACUAUCAACGAGCAUAACUAAAUUUGAUGACACUCUUGACGAUGCAGUAUCAAAGCUCAGCGAUGCACGAUGGUGUAUAGAACAGAUGCUCGAAAAUAAGCAGAAGGAGGAAGAGUUGAGGCUCAGAGAAGAAGAAGAGCGUCAGCGCAAAUUGAAAGAGGAAGAAGAAAGGGAAGCCAAAAAACGAGCGGAGAAUGAACAGAGAGCUAGGGCUGAGGAAGCUAACAGGAGGCAGGAAAUGGAGGAGAAACGGAGGAAAGAGCAAGCAGAAGAGGAAAAGAAGAAGAAAUUGCUCGAGAAAAAGAAUUCACCUGGCUUUGAUAAUUUCAUGUCACCUGGGUUCAACUUCAAUGAUUUACCUAACCUGUUUACUGAUAAUCUGAAUACCGAUGGUAUUCCUGAUCCAUCUGAUAUCUUGUCGUCUAUAAACUACAAGGAUUUUAAUUUAGACACUAAUCCAGGUGAAGAGAAAGAGAAAGACAAAGAUAUGCCUAGCAACGAUCUUGACCUUGAUAUGAAUAACUUGCUAGGAAAUGAUGAUAUGCUUUUAGAUGGUUUAAACCUGAGCUUGUUGGAUCAGGCUGGUGACAAUCCAAAUAAUCCUGUGACAGUAGAUGAAAAUUUUGACGUUGACAGCUUCUUGAACCAGUUAGGCGAUGGCGAUUAG